AUGAGAUUACCAACUGUUGUCCUACACUUAUUAUUCGCAGCCAUCAUCGCUGCUUUACCAGUCAAAUAUGAUGACAAGAAAAACAUCAUCUUCUUAGUCUCUGAUGGAUUAGGUCAAUCUGGUAUCACUGCUGCAAGACAAUUUAAACAAACUAGAGAUAAUUUAACAAAUGAACAAUCUGUUUUACAUUUAGAAAAUUAUUUAAUUGGUUCUGUUAGAACUAAAUCUUCUUCUCAAUUAGUCACGGAUUCUGCUGCUGCUGGUUCUGCUAUUGCUGAAGCUUUCAAAACUUAUAACGGUGCUAUUUCUGUUGAUUCCGAUGGUACUCCAAAAGGUACUUUUUAUGAAGGUGCUAAAUUGAAAAAUUAUAAAACUGGUAUUGUUUCUUCAACUUUUGUUCAAGAUGCUACAAUUUGUACUCCAAAUACUCAUGCCUUAUCAAGAAAAUCAUUGGACUUAAUUGCGGAACAACAAUUAGGUUAUGGUCAUCCUUUAGGUCAAGUUAUUGAUGUUGUUCUUGGUGGUGGUCGUCAAUAUUUACAUGGUGAAAAUCAAACUCAAUAUGGUUCCAAAGGUAAAAGAAAAGAUGGUGUUGAUUAUAUUGCAAAAGCCCAAGAAGAUGGUUGGACUUAUAUUGGUAAUAGAACUGAAUUUGAUACUUAUAACUUGGGUAAUGGUGUUGAACCAAAAUUACCAUUAUUAGGUAUCUUUGGUGCUGAUAAAUUACCUUAUGAAAUUGAUAGAAUUAAUGAAGAAGUUCCAAGUUUAAAAGAAUUAUCUUUAUUAGCUUUAAAUACUUUAAUUGAAGCAACAAAAGAUCAAGAAGAAGGUUUUGUUUUGUUAUUAGAAGGUGCAAGAAUUGAUCAUGCUGGUCAUUCAAAUGAUCCAGUUGCUCAUGCAAGAGAUGUUAUUGAAUAUGAUGAAACUUGGAAAGCUGUUAUUGAUAGGGUUUCUUCAUUAGAUACUGAAACUAUUGUUGUUUCAACUUCGGAUCAUGAAACCGGUGGUUAUGCUUUAGGUAUUGAUAAUGUUUAUGAUUAUUAUCCAGAUGUUUUAUUAAACGCUACAAUGUCAACUGAAAAAGCUAUUGAAUUAUUGAAAGAAUAUGAAGGUGAUGAUAAAGCUGGGUUUUUGAAAAAAGAUAUUUUACAAGAUGCUUUUAAAUUAAAUAAUGUUACUGAUGAAGAAGUUAAUGAAUUAUUAGAAUCAAAAUCAAUCUUGGUUGAUAUUGGUCAUCUUGUUUCAAAACAAGCUGGUGUUGGUUGGACUUCAACUGGUCAUACCGCAGUUGAUGUUCCAAUUUUUGCAUGGUCAAAUACUAAGGAAGCUUAUAAUGAAAUUUUAGCUAAUUUAGGUUCAUCAAUUGAAAAUACUGAAAUUCCAGAAUUUUUCGCUAAAUAUAUCGAUGUUAAUUUAGAUGAAGUUACUGAUAAGAUUCAAGAAAUUGAAACUGGUGAAAAAGUUGCAGAAAAAAAGAAAUAG